GUGUUCACUGCCAGCUGCCCCGUGAGGCUCCUGUGCUCGCUCUGACUUCUCUGUCGCUUGUCUUGGGACACGGCUUUGACCCUUUCAGUUAGGCCUGCCCCUGACUGUUCUUCCUAGGAGUCCCUUUCUACCUAGGAUCUCCAACCAAAGCUGCCCGCCAUGUCGGCCGCGCCCGGCCUCCUGCACCAGGAGCUGUCCUGCCCGCUGUGCCUGCAGCUGUUCGACGCGCCCGUGACAGCCGAGUGCGGCCACAGUUUCUGCCGCGCCUGCCUGGGCCGCGUGGCAGGGGAGCCGGCGGCCGAUGGCACCGUGAACUGCCCGUGCUGCCAGGCGCCCACGCGGCCGCAGGCGCUCAGCACCAACCUGCAGCUGGCGCGCCUGGUGGAGGGGCUGGCGCAGGUGCCGCAGGGCCACUGCGAGGAGCACCUGGACCCGCUGAGCAUCUACUGCGAGCAGGACCGCGUUCUCGUGUGCGGCGUGUGCGCCUCGCUCGGCUCGCACCGCGGCCACCGCCUGCUGCCCGCCGCCGAGGCCCACGCGCGUCUCAAGACGCAGCUGCCCCAGCAGAAGUUGCAGCUGCAGGAGGCGUGCAUGCGGAAGGAGAAGAGCGUGGCCGUGCUGGAGCACCAGCUCACAGAGGUGGAGGAGACAGUACGUCAGUUCCGGGGGGCAGUGGGGGAACAGCUGGGCAAGAUGCGGGUGUUCCUGGCCGCCCUGGAGGGCUCCCUGGACCGCGAGGCGGAACGUGUGCGGAGUGAGGCGGGGGUCGCCUUGCGGCGGGAGCUGGGGGGCCUCCACUCCUACCUGGAGCAGCUGCGGCAGAUGGAGAAGGUGUUGGAGGAGGUGGCUGACAAGCCACAGACCGAGUUCCUCAUGAAAUACUGCCUGGUGACCAGCAGGCUGCAGAAGAUCCUGGCGGAGUCGCCACCACCUGCUCGUCUGGACAUCCAGCUGCCCAUCAUCUCAGAUGACUUCAAGUUCCAGGUGUGGAGGAAGAUGUUCCGGGCUCUGAUGCCAGCGCUGGAGGAGCUGACCUUUGACCCGAGCUCUGCGCACCCGAGCCUCGUGGUGUCACCCACGGGCCGCCGCGUGGAGUGCUCGGAGCAGAAGGCGCCGCCCGCCGGGGACGACGCGCGCCAGUUCGACAAGGCUGUGGCCGUGGUGGCGCAGCAGCUGCUGUCCGACGGCGAGCACUACUGGGAGGUGGAGGUGGGCGACAAGCCGCGCUGGGCGCUGGGCGUGAUGGCCUCCGAGGCGAACCGCCGCGGCCGGCUGCACGCCGUGCCCUCACAGGGUCUGUGGCUGCUGGGGCUGCGCGACGGCAAGACCCUGGAGGCGCACGUGGAGGCCAAGGAGCCAGGCGCGCUGCGCACCCCGGAGCGGCGGCCCACGCGCCUCGGCCUCUACCUCAGCUUCGGCGAUGGCGUGCUCGCCUUCUACGACGCCAGCGACGCCGACGCGCUCGAGCUGCUGUUUGCUUUCCGCGAGCGUCUGCCCGGGCCCGUGUACCCCUUCUUCGACGUGUGCUGGCAUGACAAGGGCAAGAACGCGCAGCCGCUGCUGCUCGUGGGGCCGGACGGCCAGGAGGCCUGAGCCUGCUGGCGGGGCCGGGGCGCCGGGGGCGGCGGCGCUUGGAUCUCAGGCUCAGGCCCCGGG